GCGGCGCCCCGCCCCCUCCUCCCCGGCGGUGCGCGAGGCGGCGGCGCGUGGCAGCGGCGGCGUCUCGCGCUCGCGGGCUGUGAGGGGCGAGCGCGGGCGGCGGCGGCCCCGGCCCGGCCCCGCCAUGACCGACUUCAAGCUGGGGAUCGUGCGGCUCGGCCGGGUGGCCGGCAAGACCAAGUACACGCUGAUCGACGAGCAGGACAUCCCGCUGGUGGAGAGCUACUCCUUCGAGGCUCGCAUGGAGGUAGAUGCUGAUGGAAAUGGUGCUAAAAUAUUUGCUUAUGCCUUCGACAAAAAUCGUGGAAGGGGAUCUGGUCGUCUCCUGCAUGAGCUGCUUUGGGAGAGACACCGGGGAGGGAUUGCUCCUGGGUUUCAGGUGGUGCAUCUGAAUUCAGUGACAGUGGACAACCGCCUAGACAAUCUGCGCCUGGUUCCUUGGGGGUGGAAACCCAAAGCUGAAGAAAUCUCUAGUAAACAAAGGGAACAAAGUCUGUAUUGGCUGGCAAUCCAACAGCUUCCUACAGAUCCUAUAGAAGAGCAGUUUCCUGUACUGAAUGUAACACGCUAUUACAACGCUAACGGGGAUGUUGUGGAGGAGGAGGAGAACUCAUGCACAUACUAUGAAUGUCACUACCCCCCAUGCACAAUGAUUGAAAAACAGCUACGCGAAUUCAACAUUUGUGGCCGAUGCCAGGUAGCGAGGUACUGUGGGUCGCAAUGCCAGCAGAAAGACUGGCCUGCUCACAAGAAACACUGUCGGGAGAAGAAACGGACCUUCCAGCAAGAGCUCGGGCCAGAACGAUGACCGGGUGGCACAGGCCUCUUCGCAGCAGGAUUCCUUCUCAAAGGCAUUGGACUCUUGCUUUUGCACAGUAAUGACAGACUGCUUAUUGAAGCCGGAGGCACUGAAGAAAAAAAAAAAACCAAACAAACCCCUGUGAUGCUUGAGCAGAACGGCUGACUGGACUAAGCCAGCUCUGACUGGUGCUGUGGAAAGGGAUUGGGUCUACCCUUCCAGUAUUAUAUUCUCAAGCAAAAAGACUACUGUGGAGGCUCCAGGCAGGAAGCUUCUCAUUAUUUAUAUGUUAAUACGUUUGUAAACUCAUGUACAGUUUUUGUUAGAAACUCUUGAUAGGACUCAUUAACUGUAAUGUUCAGAUGAGAACAUGUUGUUGGCCUAAAAGUUUAAAAAAAAAAAAAAAAAAAGUCAUGUAGCAAAAGCUUUUCCUCCCAUGUGGCUAGAAGUAUCUGUGGCUGUGCCAAGGCCAGAAGGCAGGCUCCGACAUCGGCAGUUACUCUGGAGAACUCUGCAUGGAAGUUAUAUUUAAAAAAAAAAAAAAAAAAAAAAAGGCAAACAAAGUAAAGGUUGGAAUGAAUCAUUGUCUGCUCUCUAGCUUUCUCCCGUUCCCUUCCAGCUGCUUUCCGAGCUCGGUUGCUCUUGGAUGGUGGAAAUGCCUACUGUGUAGGAACCAGUGCGCCAGCCAGCGGAGCGUACGGGACCAUCUGGGAUCUGUGCGUGCAGGCAAGCUGCAGCGUGUGGCUGCCCUCCGAGGCCGUGCUUCAACAACCAGUAUUUUUCGGAAGCUGAAUUGGCUUUCUUGUUGUGAGACCUUUGUCUAUAAAGUAGUUGUAGGGAAGCUCAGGUGCUCAGCUGUGUGUGGAUGUGGUUGCCAUUGUGGCUUCCCCGCAAGCAUAGCAAAUACUCUAGUGAUGUGCAGGUAUGUUUAAAUGAGCUAAUAUUUGGUAAUUUCAGUUAUUUAUUCAUUUUUUUUAAAGAGAUGCCGUCAAUCCAAGAAUCACUUUUCGAAUUUUUUUUUUUUAAUGUAGUGAUAAGCAAAAUGCUAUGGGAGGAGGAUUUGACUUGCAGAGUACACGCCUGUUUUUCUUUUCGGACAAUUUGUCAUGUAUAAUCUGAAAGUUUUUCAUUUUUGCCUUAGAAAUAUAAGGAAUAUCAACUGGGUUUCCUGAAGAACUAAAUGGAUAAUUUAGUGCCAGGUGUUAGUCCUGCUUCACAGUAGAAGAUUGUGAGCUGCUGAAUGCUUAAUGCAGAGCCUUUCUCGGAGUGUUAAGUGAAAUAAGUAUUUAAAUUUUUCUUGUAAAAGCCAUUAAGAAUUUAAUUUUUCGAUCGGGAUUCACUUUGCCACUUCAUGUUGCAAUGUUGGUCUUGCUUGUAUUCAAUUUGUUAGAAAAAAAUCAAACUGCUGUGGACCUCCAAUCUUAUAUUAUGUUUCUAAUAUCUGCACAGGAAGUUCUUAAUUGUUAGUAUUUGGGUGGGUUUUCGUACUUUGGCUUCAAGCAUCUUGGGAAAUAACAAAGAGCUUCUGAAGCUUCCUGCUGGAAGUUCACUUGGUAGGCACGUUGUCAAGUUGCAACUCUUAAAUCAUGGUUAUACUGUAACUUUUCUCUUUAGGCAGCCUAAAAUGCCCUGAAGUAUGAAGAAGUCAAGCAGGACCUAUUUUCCUGGAAUGGGCGAUAGGUUUGGUUUUUUUUUUUUUAAAGAAACAUUCAAUUAUUUGCUUUAAAUGAACUGUACAGUGUUUGAUGAAUAUAAAAUGGGACAUAAGGAAUAUUUUUUUUUUAAUU